AAUACAUCUGUGCUCACGUUAUAAAAUACCUAGCUACCUUCAAAUGACUAACUACGUUUGGUUCACUUUCUUAUAUGUUUUUUCAGGAGGCUACUCAGCCAGUUGUCGCGGGAAUAGGACCUUUUAUGAUGAGUGUGAACGCAUGUGUUCUUGUGUGAGAGGUCGUCCAAGGCAAUGUAAACGCGUCCGAAAAGACUUUCUAUCCAUGAAAAAAGAGGACAGAACUCAUUUCAUCAAAGUUUUAAAAAUCGCGGCCACAAAAGAGCCAUUUAGGUCACAGUAUCUAGACCUGGCUUCUACGUACAAGAAAUUCUUCCAUCGUAUCAGAAAGAGGAUUGUUUUUCUACCCUGGCAUCGAGCCUUUCUUUUAAGACUAGAAAAUCUGCUGUUACAAAUUGACUGCCGCGUUACCCUUCCCUACUGGGACUGGAGCCGAACAUCCGGAAAUCAUUGGGAACUGGACAAUCCAGAUAGCAUUUGGAACAAAGCUCAUUAUGGUCUCGGAGGCAAUGGAACAGAACCCAAUAAUUGCGUCACUUCAGGACCAUUUCGUGAAGAACAAUGGAACAUAACCAUGGAUGAUGACAAAACAACUUGUCUGAAGAGACAUUUCCAUGGCAACCUCCCAGAUCCACAAAAAAUUCAAACUGUGCUAAGCUUACCCUGGGAAAAAUUCUCCGACUUUGAAAAAAUCUUGCGUGUUACAUUCCACCAUUCCGUAACUUGUGAUAACAUCGGUGGCCAUGUCUGCUCCAAAGAAGCAGCUCAAACGCCUGAAUUUAUCCUUAUAACUUCUUUUGUCGACAAGCUGUGGGGUCAGUGGCAGAACAUAAGCGACUUUCACCGGGACACUGGGUAUCCAAUAGUUGGUAAUAAUCUUCCUGGCUUUUACUUAAGUUAUGUUGGUGACGUGCUUCGAUUGGACAGACAGUUCUAA